GCGCGGUGCAUGCUGGUAACACAGGUGAGAACAAGAUGGCGUCUUGCACGAGUCAACACAUCUGAUCUUAAAACGGUACCAAAAGUGCUAAGGACAACGCUGCUACUCCCCUACACCGCGAAAACACAACAACCAGCACCUUAUAGGCAAUACAUCUUUUUAUUUAGCGAAAAGCAAGCUUUGGAAAGUGGAUUUUUUACCCGGGACCCUAUGUUGUCGAGUGUUCUACGCUCGAACACCAUGUGACCUCGAAAGUGUUUAUUUUGAUGGUUGAAUGACAGACGCUAUGGCUGACGAUAUCAAGAGCGAAAGUUUACCGAAAGAGAACCAAGAGGGUUUAUUAGAACCGUCCAAAGCGGCGAGUGAUCCGAAUGCAGGCAAUGUUACGGGCUCUAGUGUGUGGAAUUUGUGUCCUCUACCUAGCGAUGCUCACGCUAUCGACCUCCAUGAAAUCACACCUUCAAUAAGUCCUGUUUUUACUGAAGAUCAAGUUCGCGAGUUGAGUCAACAAGCUGGCGAUUUAGACGUAUUACUCCCUCCCGAUGCAUUCAAACGAAUCACUGAGGUCUUGACUCCGGAGCAGACGAAUUUACUAAUAAACACUUGUACCUCGCAUUAUAAUGAUAGUGACGUUAGUAUGAGCUAUGCAGAUCCAUUAUUAGGGAAUUAUGGACAGUUUUCAUCAUCUCCCAAGAGAAACAAUGACCCUAUUUUGCCUGAUGAAUUGCACAAGAUGCAUGAAGGAUUGUUUGAUUUGCAGACAGCUCAUUUUAAAAGUGAGUCAAAAAUUGACCCAUCUGAACCGGCGAUUGCAAGUGGUACCAUAUCAACUGAGGCAACAAGCUCGUCAGUGAGUACCUCACAGGAUAGCACUCCAGAGGUUACUAGUCCUGUCAUAACUGAGAACAAAGACUCAAAUAAAUCUAGUGAGGAAAGCAAGCUGACAAGUGAAGCCACAGGUAUUAAACUAGUAAAAAAGACUCCUCCUAAACAGUCAAAUUUAACACCACCCAAGCCAACUUAUAGCUUGCGUAGCUCUCCUCGUAAAGGCCAAGCAAUAAAGACUGAUGAAAGCCCAUCUAGGAACGCUCGCCAAAAAGGGCACAAGUCCACACCAAAGUCAUCUCCUGGGGUUGAGACAAGGCGGAGUCCUAGGGGUGCGCAUAGUGUGCCUCGCGUAGAGGAAACAACAAGCCCCAAUCAGCGGAAAGGGAGGAAGAAGCAAAAAACUGAGGAGGAAAGCCCAAAAGAAACACCUAAAGUAACGAGAAGAUCAACAAGAGCACACCCUGAGCCAGAUACAGCGACAGACAAAUCAGUGCCUGAGUCACCUCGGAGAGGAAGGGGCAGAAGAAAACAAGUAACGUCCUCACCUAAAGACCCUGCGGAGGAUGUCAGUACAAAGGAGAAAGAGACAUCAAGAAAUCUGAAUCUUGAUAAUCAAGAGGAAUUUCCAAGAAGCAUUGAGAGUCAAAGGGAAGAACCAUGUACAGCAGAAAAGCCAAAAGGAGAGAUACAAGAAGACAAAAUUGACAGUUCUGUUACACUACCAUGCGAACUACAGAAAGAUGAAGAAGUAAAUGAAAUUCAUUCUGUAGAUAAUAAAACAGACGAAAACAGAGAGGAUAAGGCUGUCAUAAAACACAGCGCUGAAUGUGUCGAGAGCACAGAAUCUAGCACAGAAUCUCGUACAGAAUUGACAAGUAAGGCCAUAUUGUCUACUGAGGAGGAGACGUCAGGGGCAGAGGAACACCCAGAUAGCAAGAAGAAGCAAAAGAGAAAAUCAAAGGAGGAUCUGCAGCCCAGUCGACGAAGUAAUAGGAUCCAUGAGAGUGUACGGAAGAGGGAGAUUGAAGAGGCAGUACGCAUUGCACAAGAAGAGAUGAGAAGGGAACGGGAGGAGGAGGAAAAUAGGAUCCUUGAGGAAGAGGAACGAGUGAAGAGGGAGGAGGAGGAGAAGAAGGCGAAGGAAGUGGAGGAGAAAAGGAUGGGAGAGGAUGAAGAACAGAUAAAAUUGAAGGAGGAAGAAGUUGAGAUUAAAGAAGACAAGACUGCAGAACUAGAACUUGAAGAAACAACAGAGAAAAGUAACCAUGCAAAGAGAGAGAAUUUGAGUCCGAGCAAGAUUCAUAAAAAAGAUAGAGAGAAAACACCAACAAAAAAGAAUAAAGAAAAGAAUGUUAAAAAGAAUGAGGAAAAAGAUGUCCAAAAGGAAGAGGAAAAAGAUGUUCAAAAGAAAGUGGAAAAAUCUGCUAAACAUUUACCUCAGAAAAAGCCGGAGAGUAAGAAACACGAGCAGACAAAGAAAGACUUGAAAGGAAGAAAGUUGAAGCGUCAGCUUUCAGACAAGGAGAAGAUAGAGGAAAUAAAGAAAGAGAAACUAAAAAAAGUUGAAGAGAUUUUAAGCCAGAAGCCUGGUACAAAUCUCUUUGAAUUCCAUAAAGUUAAGCAAGAUACAGACGAAGCUGGCAAAGAUGCAAAGAAAGAGGAGAGUGAAGUUGAAAGCAGUGAGUCAGAGGAAGAAGAGAUCCCUGGUGAUGACGACUCUGAUUAUGAUCCCAAUAACGACCCAGAGAGAUUGUGGUGCAUCUGCCGUAAACCACAUGGAAACAGGUUCAUGAUAUGCUGCGACCGGUGUGAUGAGUGGUUCCAUGGUGACUGUAUUGGGAUCACCAUGUCUCAGGGACGACAAAUGGAAAAGUCUGGAAUCGAAUAUAACUGCCCUAAAUGUGUCAAAGCAAUAAAAGUUGAGCAGGACAAAUUAUCACCUGGUGAGAGCAAUAAGGAGAUCAGCCCUACGAGCAGACCAAGAAGGCACAGAAGGCUAAAGAUCCCUAAAGAUUUCCCUGAACAUGCCGGCAAUACUAGCACAAAGAGCAAGCUUGGCGAGAAGAGAAAACACAGCAAGGAUGAAGAGAAAACAAAACCCAAGAGCUCAGAAACUGGCUUUAAGAUUCCUAAGAAGGUGCGGACGACUCCAACCCCAGCAUCCUACUCCCACCAUUCCACCAAGUGCAUCAGCCCAAACUGCUCUAGUGUGACGGAGGGGAAGUCCCGGUACUGCAGCGACGCCUGCAUUGCCAGGUAUGCCGAAGACUCAUUAAAGGUAUUGUCAGAGGAACGGAAAAGACGUCAGGGGAACUCAGCACCUUCCCCAAGGACCUCUACAUCGCCGUCAUCAUCUCUUCGGAUGCCAUGGGACAGCCCAACACCUCAAACUCCUGCUUCUGUACGUGUGAGUGAGCGUAUCGCAGUGAUUGAGAAGAGCACAGGACGUGUCAUAGCUGGCGUGGCCGCCCCCACUGAGGGACAGCUUUUUUACUGGCUCCAGAAGCACCCAACAUUUGAGAUUCUUAGACCAACCAGCACUCCAACAAAACAAGAGAAGAAAAAGGAAGACAAGAAAGAGGAUGAGAAGUCCAUACGUGAAAAUGUUAAGCGGCAUCUCAGAGAAAUUCUCACAUCUCGACAAAAGGAGUCUAAAGACCUCCAUCUGCCAAGCGAUGAAGUCAUUAAACUGUCAGACAACAUAGAAGAAGACUUGUACAAGCUAUUUGGAGAUGCAGGACACAGAUACAAAAACAAGUACAGAAGCCUGGCAUUUAACCUCAAGGAUACCCGCAACAAGGUGCUGUUCCAUCAUGUGCUGAGUGGAGAGGUGUCGACUGAUCGACUGGUUGCCAUGACACCAGAACAGCUUGCCUCUCAAGAGUUAGCAAGAUGGAGGGAAAGAGAAACUAAACAUAACCUGGAAAUGAUUAAGCAAAACCAAGAGGAUAUUAAUCCAAUAAAAGCACACAUCAAAAAAACUCACAAGGGUGAAGUGGAGCUGGAUGAAGAUCUAAGCACAUUAGAGGUGCAUUCUGUUGAGAAAACUCAAACAGCAGCUGCUGACAGUAACACCUCACCCGGUCCCCUACUCACAGACACCACAGAGCAGCACAGAUUGCAUCUCUUUGAUCUGAACUGCCGAAUCUGCACUGGCAAGAUGGCCCCGCCCGGUGAACCACAGCGCCCAGAGGAACCAUCAACUGUGAUAGUAACAACAACUUCACCGAUCCUAGCACUUGCAGAGAGCUCUGUCCCAUCCCCUCCCCCUCUGGAUUUGUCAGAUGUCAGUUCUACAGAUAAUCAGUCGGCCCUACCUGAGUCUCCAACCCCACUGCACAAGCGUGACCAGCCGGUCUGGAAAGGAUUUGUCAUGAUGCAGAGUGUGGCUAAGUUUGGGACAAAUGCCUACAAGGUAUCUGGCCCGUGUGAUGACCUAUUGCAACUGUUUCCUGACACCCUGCACCUCCAUGGUCGCAUUGGCUUUGACCAGGUGUGGGACUACAUCUACCAACUAAGAAGCUCCACUUCGCGUGUUGUAUCUGUCAUCCGCUACGAGCCGUCCACUGAUGAUGAGAAGACUAGCUAUGUGUCGCUGUACUCAUACUUCUACAGUCGCAAGCGCUGUGGCGUGGUCAAUAACUGUUACUCUGGUGUCAAGGACAUGUAUCUGUACCCCUUGCCCUCACAUGCGGAGAUCCCUAAAGAGCUCUUACCCUUCGAUGGUCCAGGUCUUGACGAGCCACGCCCCCACAUGCUCCUCGGUAUCAUCGUACGCACAAAGCCAUCAUUCAAGCGCCCCAGAGCUGUCAGUCAUCACAAGUCCACAUCCCCUAAGGCUAAACGCAGGCACCAUCGCCAUAGCAGCGGUAGUCAUGGCAGCGGUAGUAAGCACAAGGAUUCAUUGAAGGAUUCCCCCCCUGCCGAGAUAGACGAUAUUGUUUUUCAGUUCCAGAGCACGCAAACCAAGAAAUCAGCAGAUGGUGACAACAAAUACUCCCCGUCACAGUCGGGCUCGGAGGCCUCGCAUUCGCCCUUGUCUGCCCUGAUGGCCGAGAAACAGAAACUUCUGGGACUCCAGGAACAAGCCAAGGCUGCACAAGCAGAGCAAGCCAAUAGUGAGAAGACAGAAGACUCGCCCUAUGACCCUGAGGAGGACUUUGACCUUGAUCUUGAACUUGAGAAGCCGGUCAACAUAAUGAUUGAGACGAAGAAAUCUGUGUCUUCUAGUUCCAGUUCACCCACAUCUGCACCAACACUCGUGGUACCACCUACCAGUACGACCAUACCAUUGCUCACUGCAGAUACCACCACCAGCAAACCACCUAGCAGCAGCACGUCUAUUUUCCAGGCAGCACCAGCCACCACAAGUAAUACCACUACACAAAUACCAGCCGUCGCCAGCAAAUUACCCGACACAACCAAACCACCAAUUCUGCCUGCAAAUUUGGUGUUCCCUAUGGACAUCACGACCAGUUCGGCGGCGGAGCUAAUCAAGAGGUUGCAGGCAUCGGGUGUGAUGCAACCGCCUGUGAUAACUAGCUCAACUUCUAACAUUCAGCCUACAGCAGCGAUAACUACAAGUGGGAUUACAUCAGGCAGAGUGGCAGAACCCCUUAUUGCAGUACCUGCUAGUUCGGCCCCUGCUGUAGUACAACCUUCUGAAGCUCGAGCUCAGACGCACGUCAGUGGUGCAACUGAUGUCCCAAUAGCUGGUAAAGCCCCUGCAGGAGCUCCACCUCAUGUUUCUUCGAGGGUUGAUCCUCAACGACGUAUCGCAGGUGAUGCUGCAGCUCAUAAGUCUGUGGAGCCACCCAAGCAGGAUGUCAUUGAUAGGGAUCGCCUGGAAUGGCGGUUGAAACAGCAGGGAAGACCUCAUGGCCCUUCUCCUGAACGCUGGAGAAACACAAGAAACGGUCCAUCUCCCGGGAGGUCCUUGGAUGCUCGAGACCCACACCCAGAUGGUGACCGUGGCUACCCACCGAGACGACACACCGAUGAGGCAACAUCACAAAGACCAAUGGGGGAUGAUCAUGAGACACCUCCAAGAAGGUUCUCAGAUAACCUUGAUUACCAUGGACCUCCACGAAGACCACAUGAUAAGAGAGACUCCCAUGGCCCUCCUCGCAGACCCGUGGAUGAAAGAGCACCGCAAGGACCCCAACAUAGACCCCUGGACGAUAGAGGACCCCUACGUAGACCCCCAGACGAAAGAGGUCCACAAGGUCCCCCUCGUCGCCCCACAGAUGAAAGAGACCCCCAUGCCCCCCUACGUCGAACCCCUGACGAUAGAGGCCCUCAUGGACCCCCACGUCGACCUUCAGAUGAAAGGGACCCGCACGGGCGGCCGCGUCGACUUGCAGAUGAGAGGUUCUCUGAGCCCUACGGCAACCGUGGCAGGGGCGGAGGGUACAACAAUCGGGGAGGGUAUGGUCCCCGUGACAAUGACAGACGUGACAGCCGUAGGUACGAGGGGGACAGAUGGCGAGAUAGAUGGCGGAGAUAAGUGUGAAGCCAAGAGGGUGCCUGAAAAAGGGCUCGGCGCACACGGGAGUGGGAUUCUUAAGGUCCACAGGAAAAGGAGGAAACAACGGAGGACAAUGGAGAUGAUGGGGAACAUGAGGAAGGAUGGCAAAAGAGGGACAUUCAGGGAGUGAGCUGGUCGCUUGAUAUGGGCUUGUCGCUAAAAGAUGAUUGCUUACUUGAAGUACUACUGUAUAUAAGCGAAAGUUUUCGAAAUCAGUUAAAGUUUGAAGCCAUUGUAGAGCUUCAGCUGAUAAAUGUGUUGUGAGACCGUGCUUUAACAUAGUAAAAGAGAUAUAAAAGAUAGGCACCGUUUAAAUGUUGACAGAAAAUUAGUUUUUAAAGAAAAACAAAUGAUAGUUGGAAAGCCAUGUGUCCACGGCAUGGGAUAAAUAUACGUUGGUUUACUA